AUGCGCAGAACAGCGUUGCCGGCAGAAGAAGCGCUCUCUCGCCCGCCGCCCGAGGCCCCCCGAGGCGGAGGGGGCGGGGCCAGGGGGCGGGAGCGGAGAGCCGCGGGCGCGUUGCUGCUGCGCUUCCCGGAGCGAGGCCGGGAGGAGCGCGACCCCGCCUGCCCGGGAGGCCCCCUUUCCCGGGAAAGCCGGGCAGGGAGCCUGGAGGGUCCGCUCGUCCGCAGCGGCGCGGCUCGGCGUCCCGGUGAGAUUUCGGGAGAGGCUGCUCGCCAAAGGCGGCCGGGAAGGAGAGGCGCCCAGCAGACGCCGCCGGGGAGGCUCGGCUCGGCUCGGCCCGGCCCGGCCCGCGAGAUGGCCUCGCCGCGGCCCGGAGCGGGGGGAGCCGCAGGACGAGCCCCCGCCGCCGCCGCCGCCGCCGCGCCCGCGGAGGGAGCGGCGCUCUGGCCGGCAGCCGGGCGGGGGGGCCUCCCCGAGGAGCCCCUGGGCGGGGGGGCGCAGCGCUUCCGCCGGCUCCGCUACCGGGAGUGCCAGGGGCCGCGGGGCGUCUGCAGCCGCCUGCAGCAGCUGUGCCGGGAGUGGCUGAAGCCCGAGCGGCGCAGCAAGGCCCAGGUGGUGGACCUGGUGAUCCUGGAGCAGUUCCUGGCCGUGCUGCCGGCGGAGAUGGCGAGCUGGGUGCGGGAGUGCGGCGCGGAGAGCUGUUCGCAGGCGGUGGCCCUGGCCGAGGGCUUCCUGCUGAGCCAGGCGGAGGCGGAGCGAGGGCAGCGGAUGCAGGAGCCGCUGAGGAAGGAGGUUGUGGUGCCUCCUGAAGGCAGGGAAGCUCUCCCUGGUCCCUCUUUGGAGCAGCUGUGGGGAAGGAUCUCUGAGGAGGAUCCAGCUCCUCUUUGUGAUGAAGCAGCAACAGCUCAGGGCUCGGUGUCCUUUGAGGAGGUGGCUGUGUAUUUCACGGAGGAGGAGUGGGCGCUGCUGGAUCCCAGCCAGAGAGCCUUACACGAGGAAGUCAUGCUGGAGAAUUCUAGGAAUGUGGCCACUCUGGGUAAGGUCCCGCUUUGCUCUGGGUUGAGUUAAUUGUGGAAAGUCUUUGUUAUCCUAGCGGUGAGAAAGCACCUUCUAGCUAGAAGAAGGAAAGUCUGUUUUUGUUUUGUUU